GAAUACCACCGCUGAUAACUCGUAUACGGGGGAUAUCAGCUCGUAUACGAAUUGAAAUAUUAGCGUAGGAAAAGAUAUGGCCCCUAGAGGGAAUCUAAACCCAAAGACGGUGGUCGCGCCCCUGGCAGCCUUUACCAUGGCCUGCGUCCUCUUCACCUACACCCGUUCUUCCAUCCGAGCCGCCCGAGAUGAGGCUAAAACCACACGGUAUUCCGCAAGUCGGGACCAGCCCAAGGACAACGAGAGGUAGCACCAUUGUAGUUUGUUCAAGCUACACACGAGGCAGAGACCAGGAAUCGAUCAGUCGCGCUGAGAUGAAUGCAAAGAGAAAUGGGGAAUGAGACUGCUCUUUGGAAACAAGGAUCUUCAUUGACCUGUCCAUGUGUGCGUUUCCUAGAAUACUGUAUAAUAAUAGUAAAACGCACGAAAUGUCUAAACCUACAAGUC